UGAUUGGUGUGGGGUUGUGUGGGACAAUAUCCUUUGUUGGAACAAGACCAGAGCUGGAAAUGUCGCAAGACAGCUAUGUCCGGCCUACAUACCAGGCUUCGUAACUUCAGAGUUUGCUGAGCGUCAGUGCACAGAAAAUGGAACAUGGUGGUUCAGUCGGGAUCACAACUAUUCUUGGACAAACUAUAGCCAGUGCGUCAUUCCACCUUUGGACAUCAGUUCUCACGCUAAACAAGCAAAUAACUUGAUCUUGCUGUAUACUGUUGGCUACAGCGUAUCACUGGCGUCGCUUGUUGUGGCUGUUAUCAUUAUGCUAUACUGGAGACACCUCCGCAGCAAGAGCACCAUCCUCCACAUCAACUUGUUCAUCGCCUUUAUCCUGAGAGCUUCGGUGUCAUUCAUGAAAGACCGAUUGUUUGUAGGUGGCCUUGGCCUUCCUCGUGACGUCAGAGUGGGCCAAACAGGUCUAGACUUCAUUCAAGAAGGAAUACACUGGGAAUGCCGAACGUUGUUUGUGCUGCUUAUGUUCGCAAUCUCUGCAAGCCAAACCUGGGUUUUGAUGGAAGGCCUGUAUCUCUAUCUGAUGGUGCAUAAGACAAUGAUCGCUGAAAAGCUUGGAGUCAUGCCAUACAUUUAUCUGGGCUGGGCUUUACCGUGGACAUUUCUCAUUCCAUGGAUCGUUAUCAAGGCGAGGUUUGAGAACACAUUCUGCUGGAAUUUGCAAGAAAACCCAGCUUUCUUCUGGAUCUUGAAGGGCCCGUGGACUGCCUUUGUCGUGAUCAAUUUUGUCUUUUUUCUGGACAUAACACGCGUACUGACUACACGAGAGUUGAACAAUCAAAGGCAUGCUGGCCGGUCACAAUACAG